AUAAAAAAUCAAAUGGAUUUAUUUACAAUAAAUUCAAAAUUGGAAAAUGAUCAAUAUACAAGUACAAAAGAAUUUGAAAAUGAUAUUCGUCUCAUAUUUCACAAUUGUUAUACAUAUAAUGAUAUGGGAAGUAAAAUAUAUUGUCUGGGAGAAGAAUUAGAAUCCGCUUUUAAUAAAAUAUGG